CUGUUAGCCAAUAUAAUGGAAUAAUACGACAAAUACCAACUGUUUUUAAGGUUAACCAAUAAGAAAGAGACUAUAAGCAAUUACGAGGCUCUAAAUUCAUCAUGCAAAAAACAGCAUCCAACAGUAUUGAGUGGGAAGAGAAAUCCUAACAAUGAGGCUUAUAAGAAACUACAUUAAAGUUCUGAAAUUUUUAAAGAAAAUACUACGCCAAUUAAGAAUGAAGUAACCAAACCAAAAAAUUAUGCCACAGAGAGAAAGUCACUUGAAGAUUCGAAUACCAAAAGAACAUUGAUUCCAAGUUUGGACAAAUUUCAAUCACCAGAAAGAAGAUGUUCAUCAAAUAUUAGAUAUAAUGCCAAUAACGAAAGUUCUUAAAAAGAUUCGAAAAGAAUUUUAAAGUAUGUUAAAUUGAUCAAUUUAGAACUUGUGAAUAACGACAGCAAGAUUUCUCUCAUCGAAUUAAUUUACCAAUCAGUGCUGUAAAAUUAUUUAUUUACUAUCUUAGAUGCAAGUAAAAGAUUAUAAGGAAGAUAAUUAUGGUCUAGGCAAAUACAAAUCACAUGAGUCAACUUAAAAAUUAAAAAGCUAUCUUGACUUUUAAGGUCAUAUGAAUAACUGUAAAUUUAUACAUUUAUUCAGAAUCUUUUUAGAGUUAGACUGAUAGAUUAUUUAAGACUCAGAUUAAAAACUAAAAAAAUCUUCUCUCAUCAUAUUAAAUAUGUAAGACAUAAUCAGAGAUAAAGAAUGGAAAGAAGAGAUUUAUUCAGAGUGCCAUGUCACAAUAGUUGUCACCUCCUAUAAAUCCAAUAAAACCAAAAGAUAUCAAUAAAAUAUUUCUUAAGAGUUCUAAGGAAGUUUGGGAUAAUUAAGUAAAUUAUACAUCUUAAUGAUUUAGCAAUCGUAAUCAAAAGCAAUAGUGAAAAUGAAUCACGCUAAUCAAUAAAAAAGCUAAAUCGAUUUAAAAUGA